AUGAUACUUCUGCCUCGCAGCCUGGCUCUUCCACGUCUGCUUCGUGACAAGGCUCGCACCGCAGCGUUCCAUCGAUCCUUGGCUUCAGCAGCAUCCCCCUUCGCCCGCAGCAUCGCUCCAACGCCAGGUCGUCACACUUUCGCUCGUUUCCAGUCCUCGACAUCCCGUAUACAGGCCACCACCUCGGCUGUAGACAACGUUCCCUCCGUCAUGCCUACUACUCGUGCCGCUCCGAGCGAGCCCUUCCCGCUUGGUGGUCUCUUGCCCAAAGACACCACAGACGCGCUCAGCUUCCUUCGCAAGUAUCCCGAAUACGAUGGCCGUAAUGUGCGAGUGGCGAUCCUUGACACUGGCGUAGACCCUGCUGCCAUCGGUCUCAAUCAGCCAGGAAAGGUCGUCGACGUCAUCGACUGCACAGGCGCAGGUGACGUUCCCCUCCAACCCAUCGAACCCGUAAAUGGCACCAGCGCCAGCAGCUCGGGACACAUCGAAUUCACAUCGCCUUUCACCGGCAGGACCAUUCGUGUCUCCUCCAAGGUGUCCAAUCCCAAGGGCGAGUGGAAGAUUGGUUUCAAGAAGGCGUACGACCUCUGGCCAGGCGAGCUCAAAUCCCGUCGCUCUGCAGAAAGGCAGAAGGCUUUCCUUGUCUCCCACCAAGCCCUUCUCUGCCAGGCUCAGAGCGAGCUCAACGCCCUUGACCUCCCCUCUGCCUCCAAGUCGUCCGAAGAUGCCAGCUCAGGCUCCGACAAGAGCGCUCCCACCGACAACGCAAAGAUUUACAAGGAUGAGAUCAAGGCCCGCGUUCAAGCGCUCAAGGAUCUCGCCGCUUCCUACAAGGACGAUGGCCCCCUCAUCGAAGCCAUCGUCUUCCACAAUGGCAAACAUUGGUACGCUAUUAUUGGCGGAGGCGAGGGUGAAACCCACGAUCCUGCCACCGGCCAGCCACAGGACAUUCUCAAGCCCCUCGAGCUUCAGACUUUGGACCUCACUGACGUCGAGCCCAUCACCGACUUCCGCAUCGAGCGCAAGUGGCAGAGCUUUGGCCAACAGGAUCUCCUCACCUAUACAGUCAACAUCCAAGACAACGGCAACCUCCUCAGCCUCGUCACCGUGGCAGGAAGUCACGGUACCCACGUCGCUGGCAUCGUCGGCGCUCGCCAUGAUGAGCAGCCCGAGCUCAACGGUGUCGCUCCCGGAUGCGAGAUUGUCAGCAUGAAAAUUGGCGAUUCCCGCCUCGGAAGCAUGGAACAAGGUCAGGCUAUGCUUCGUUCGGCGCAGGCGCUCAUUGACACCAAGUGCGACAUUGCCAAUCUCAGCUACGGCGAGGACGGCGCUUUCGGUGCCGAAGACAAGGGCGCGUUUGCCAAGGCUCUCCGCGAUAUCGUCGUCCGUCAACGCGAUGUUCUCUUUGUCAGCAGUGCCGGCAACAAUGGUCCCGCGCUCACCACGGUAGGUCAACCAGGUGGUACCACCUCAUCGGUGCUUAGCGUCGGUGCCUACGUAAACGCAGGUGCUAUGCAGAAGGCCGAGUACGCCCUCGUCGAGAAGGGUGUUCCCGACAGUGUCACCACCUGGUGCAGCCGUGGUCCCACCUCGGACGGUGACCGUGGUGUCUCGAUCUACGCCCCCGGUGCUGCCAUCACUUCCAUUCCUCGCUACUGCCUCCAAUCGACCCAGCUUAUGAACGGAACCUCGAUGAGCUCGCCCAAUGCCUGCGGUUCCAUCGCCCUCCUCCUCUCCGGUCUUAAGGCUCAGAAGAUUCCCAUCACGCCUGCUCGCGUCUUCAACGCUGUCCGCGCCACGGGCAAGGACGUCAAGGAUCCGCUCGGCGUACCCUUCAUCAGCGUAGACUCUGCCUGGGACUAUCUUGUGCAGAACAAGGAUCGUGUCGAGCAGGAUGCAGAGUACCGCGUAAGUGUCACCCGCGCUGGCAAGGCGCUGGGUCGCAUGGACAAGCGAGGCAUCUACCUCCGCGAGAAGGACGAGACGCAUAGCGUUCAGCAGACCAACGUCACCGUGCGACCCACCUUCAAGCAGGGCGAGACCGAAAAGGCGUUCAACCUCGAGCUCAGAUGCGCGCUUGCUGCCACCAAGCCUUGGGUUUCGGUGCCCGAAUUCCUCCUCCUGGGCGGCAACGGUCGCACAUUCGAAGUCAGGGUCGACCCCACCGACCUGGCUCCUGGUCUCCACCAUGCAUGGAUCGAGGCGUACGACACCGAGAAACCUGGACACAAGCUCUUUGACGUUCCUGUGACGGUCGCCAAGCCCGAGGUGUUCCCUUCGCCUACGGUCAAGUUCGACACGAUCCGCUUCGAGGCUGGCAAGAUCGAACGACGCUUCAUUUCUGUGCCCGAGGGUGCCACGUGGGCUUCGCUCACUGUGCGCAGUUCCAAUCACUCGUCCGCCGGCACCAGCGCCCGCUUCUGGCUGCACUGUGUCCAGCUCGAGCCUCUUCAACGUCUCAGCGAGGUCGAAAAGGCCUUCGUCCUCGCCUUGCAGGAGAACGAGCCUGUGACCAAGAAGUUCAACGUGCGCGGUGGCAUGACCAUGGAAGUCUGCUCUGCGCAAUUCUGGUCCAACAAGUCGGCCUUUGAUCUCGACCUCGACAUCGAGUUCCACGGCAUCACGGCUUCGCUUGUCCCUGCCAGCGGACGCCAGGAGCUGACGCUCAUCGGUGGUCAGGGUCACGCAAAGAUCGAGUGCCAAUCCACCGUACGCAUCGAAGACUUCAAGCCCAGCAUCACCUUUGACACUCGUCGAACGUUCCACCGUCCAUCAUCGUCCACCAUCCGACCGCUCUCGACACCGCGAGACCUCCAACCCAGCGGCAACCACAUGUUCGAGCUCGUGACCACGUACAACAUCUCGGCGAAGGAGGAGUCGAACAAGCUCAGCUACUCGUUCCCUGCGCUGGGCAACCACCUGUACGACUCGAGCGUGCCGCUGUUGACGCAGCUGUUUGAUCUGCGCAAGAAGCGCGUCCACUUUGGCGAUGUGUACAAGAAGGAGAUCGAGCUGCCCAAGGGCGACUACGUGCUCAAGGCCCAGCUGCUCAACGAGAGCAUGAAGGUGCUCGAGUCGCUCAAGAAUGUGACGCUGAUGGUGGAUCAGAAGCUGUCUAAACCGGAUUCGGCGGCGUUGAAGCUGUACGACGACCAUGUGGAUUUGCACUCGGAGGCUGCGCCGGCGAAGUAUGCCGGAGUGAAGCUGCAUCCGGGCGAGAGGAUCGUGUUGACGCUGGAUCUGAAUUUGGAGGGCGAUGCGGUGCCGAAGGAGGCGUCGCCGGGUGAUGUUUUGGUGGGAACGUUCGGAUUCGCUGCGGAGGGCAAAGGUCAGAUUCGAUACAUUGUUCCUCCUGCGGUCAAGAACGCUGAUGAAGGAUCGGACGAUGGCGCUGCUCAGGGGAAGAACGAGAACGAAAUCCCGGAGCUGCUGACCGCCACAGCCAAGAAGAUCAAGGAUCCGAAGGAGAAGCUCGACUUUAUGGACAAGCUGAUCUCUGACUAUCCCAAGUUCCUCGGUGCGCCGGUGGCCAAACUGGAAGCCCUCGAUGCCGACGACAAGGAUGCAGACAAGCAAAAGCAAGUCGUGACCACCGCCGACCAGAUCCUCUCGCACAUUGACGAGACCGAGCUGAAACUUUGGCUGGCCACUCAAAAGCCCUCCGCUUCCGAGCAGACGGACGAAGAGAAGAAACACAACAAGCAGAUGGAGGAGAAGAAGAAGGCGUUCAUCCUCGCGCUCAACCGCAAGACUCGGGUGUACAUGACCCAAGCCGAGAGCUCCGGUUCGUCGACCAAGGAGCUCGAGUCGAGCUGGAAGGUGUACCGCUCGUACUUCCCGGCGGACAGCAAGGCGAAGGAGUACGGGACGCUGUUUGUCCGAUGGUCGAUCCUGCACAAGCGGUUUGCGUUGGCGCUGCAGAGCGUGCAGAAGCUCAAGAAGGAGUUGGGGGCAGGGACGGGAGAGACGUUGGCAGAGGUGGAGAAGCUGAAGCAGCUCGAGUUGAAGUUGGUCGGAAAGGAUGGGUUGGACUGGGCUCUGUGGGCGAGUCAUUUGGAGAGGUUGGAGCGGGUUGCGGCUCCCAAGGCUUACGCUCCUUUCUAA